AUGGCCGAGGGGGGUUAUACUCGUGAGGAUGAUGUUCUUGAAGAGGAGGAUGAGAUCGACGACACUGGCUAUAAAACUGUCAAAGAUGCCGUUCUAUUUGCUAUUGAAGUUAGCGAAUCUAUGCUAACACUAUCUCCGUACUCAACCUCGAAAAAGGCGCCCCCGGAAUCUCCGGCCACUGCCGCACUGAAAUGCGCCUAUCACCUGAUGCAGCAGCGCAUUAUAUCCAACCCACGGGACAUGAUUGGUGUCUUGUUAUAUGGAACAAAGACUUCAAAGUUUUAUAACGACGAUGAACAUGGGAGAGGAAGUCUCCCGUAUCCCCACUGUUACCUUUUCACAGACUUGGAUGUUCCGGCUGCAUCAGACGUUAAAGAACUGAGGGCAUUAGUGGAAGACGAAGAUAGAGCUGCAGAAGUCCUAGUCCAAUCAGAGGAGCCUGUAUCCAUGGCCAAUGUUCUAUUCUGCGCUAACCAAAUAUUCACUACCAAAGCCCCGAAUUUUUCGUCAAGACGGCUGUUUAUUGUAACAGACAAUGACAACCCGCACUCGCAGAACAAGGCAUUACGAUCCGCUGCGACGGUGCGCGCUAAGGAUUUAUAUGAUCUUGGUGUUACUAUUGAAUUGUUUCCUAUCUCAAAACCUGACUCGGACUUUAAUAUGUCGAAGUUCUACGACGAUAUUAUAUAUAGAUCCUCUUCUACUGAUCCAGAGGCACCUGACAAUUCUCACAUGUCAUCAACUACCACUAGUGGUGCAGACGGAAUAUCAAUAUUAAAUAGCCUGCUAUCUUCGAUCAAGUCAAAAUCGGUCCCCCGUCGUGCUUUAUUCUCCAAUGUUUCUUUGGAGAUUGGCCCCGGUUUCAGUAUAUCUGUAACAGGAUUUCUUAUAUUUAAACGGCAAGAGCCGGCUAGAAGCUGCUUCGUAUGGCUUGGGGAUGAGACACCUCAGAUAGCUAAGGGAGUAACAACACAACUUGCGGACGACUCGGCCCGUGAGGUAGAAAAAUGGGAAAUCAGAAAGGCUUAUAAAUUCGGAGGUGAUCAUAUUUCAUUCACGCAGGAGGAGCAGAGCACGCUGAGGAACUUUGGCGACCCUGUUAUCCGUGUUAUUGGAUUCCGCCCAAUGUCAUCACUUCCAAUCUGGGCUUCCACCAAGCAUCCUACCUUUAUAUACCCUUCCGAGGAAGUUUUUGUUGGCUCCACCCGAGUCUUUUCGGCAUUGCAGCAGACUUUGUUAAAGAAAGAAAAAUACGCACUUGUGUGGUUCAUUCCCCGAAAAAACGCAGCCCCUGUUAUGGCGGCAAUGAUUCCAGGCACAGAGAAGCUGGAUGAUAAUGGCACACAAGUAAUGCCUCCGGGAAUGUGGAUUCUACCAUUGCCUUUCGCAGAUGAUAUACGCCAAAAUCCAGAAACACAUAACAUUGUCGCACCGGAAACCUUAAUAGACAAAAUGAGAGCUGUCAUAGAAAUGCUAAAACUUCCCAAGGCCCGCUAUGAUCCCUUGAAAUACCCGAACCCUUCACUACAAUGGCAUUACCGUAUUCUUCAAGCAUUGGCCCUUGACGAAGACCUUCCAGAAAUACCUGAAGAUAAAACAAUUCCUAAGUACAAACAAAUUCACAAGCGUGUUGGCGAAGAUGUGAUAGCUUGGGGACAAGAACUAGAAAUUCAUUACCGCCUGCUUGAGCGACGGCAGCCCGCUACAUCAACCUUGGUAAAACGGCCUGCACCUAGCAAAAGGGAUAAUUCCACCGAGAGAACUACAAAGAGAGUAAAAACUGAUGGUCCCGCAGCUGAUGUAGUGAAGUUGCAUUAUGAAGAAGGAAAUUUGAACAAGCUUACAGUGGCAGUUCUGAAGGAGUAUUUGCUAGGUCAAGAUCUUUCGGGGGCUGGUAAAAAAGCGGAUCUAAUUGACAGAAUUCAGAUGUUUUUGGGGAGUAGGUGA